AUGAGUUCGAAAAACAAGAUGGAGCUCCUGAAAAGGCUCCAGCAGGCUCGGGCAAACAAAUCUACAAAGGAGCUUUACGAUGACGAGUCUGACGGUAACGAUAAAGUAUAUGACUUGAUUGACGAGAAUGAAUUUCGCGAGCGAAAGCGCCAGGAGUUGCUACGCGACGAUUUUGUUGUGGAUGACGAUGGACUAGGGUAUGUUGAUAGAGGUGUCGAUGAAUGGGAUGACCGUUACCGAAUGCAGGACGACUCUGAAGAUGAAACUCCAAAUAAGACUGGCAAACGCAUUAAAAAGACCGAAAAGGGGCAACAAGAUGGGAAGGAUAGAAUAAAGGAAAUGAUUACUGCUCAGCAUUCACGAACAAUGCGUCUACAGAAGAAAGAACCACGGAAAGUUGCAGUUGACGAGUUCGAUGAUAUCCUCAACGAGUUUGAUGGUGACCUUCCUUCAAAACCACCUACUAGUGCCAACACCCACAAAACCUCGAUGUUAACCUCAAAGAGAACAAUCGGUUCAGAGGCUGUGUCUUCAGCAACUAAAAAAGUUAAAAUCGAUGAUCUAAGUCUGGACCCCAUGCCGGUGAGGUCUCUUCCCGACUCAUCUCCCUUGGCAUCGCUAAGAAACAAGAAAAGUCGCGAAAAUAAUGACGCAGCUGAAAUGCUAGUCGAUGUCUCUAGCUCACCAACAGCUUCCAAGAUGAGAUCUCCACACCUGGAACAGGAGAAUCACCUUGAAGAUUCUGAAAACGAUAGCGAUGAAGAAAUCAAGAUCCCCAGAAGAACCAUACGGAGUACAGCCACUGUGAGACAAGUCAACUUAGAUACUAAAUCGAUUUUUCCAUCUUCGCCAUUUGUUACAGCACCAAAUACUCCUUCAAUUAGCAAAACUGUACAAUCCAAAGCGGAAGAGGUUCUUGCAACACAUUCUUUGAGUGAAAAGAUUGGCAAAGAGGAAAUAAUUGAUCCGCAGAGCAAUUCAUUCAAGAUGUUCUGGCUCGAUUUUGCCGAAGUGGAUAAUUCCCUACUUUUGUUCGGGAAAAUAAAAACUCAGAAGAAUAAGUUGGUAUCAGCAAUGAUACAAAUUACAGGAUUAUACAAGGAGCUUUUUUUUCUACCUAGAGAAGGAAAAAAGGCUACCGAUGUUCACGAAGAAAUAAUUCCACUUUUGCUGGGCAAAUAUGGCUUAAAUAAUAUACGUGCCAAACCAGAGAACAAAAAAUAUGCAUUUGAAUUGCCAGGUAUUCCUAGUGAAUCAGAAUAUCUGAAGGUUCUUCUCCCAUAUCAAACUCCGAAGAGCAGAAAUGUUGCAAUUCCUGCUGAUUUAGAGGGUGAUACUUUUUAUCAUGUAUUUGGUGGCAAUACCAAUAUUUUCGAAAGCUUUGUUGUACAAAGAAAGAUUAUGGGCCCUUGUUGGUUGGAAAUAAAAAAUGCUGAUUUUGACGCCCUCCGCAAUGCAUCUCAUUGUGCAGUGGAUAUUCUAGUGUCAUCUCCUCAGGAUAUUGUUCCCUCUAAUGACAAGUUUAUUCCUGAUCUAAAUUGCGUCUCUCUCUCAAUGCAGACGGUAAUGAAUCCCAAAGAAAACAAACAAGAAAUAGUUAGCGUCACACUCGCACAUUAUAGAAAUUUACCCCAAGAUGCCCCUAUUCCUGAAGAUUUAUCAGCUGAUGAGAUUGUCACAUUGGUCAGACCUCCCGCUGCCAACUUCCCAACUGGUCUCGCGUCAUUGAGUAAAAAAGAGCUUCGUGGUCAGGUUCGUUUGUUCAAUAAUGAAAAAGCUUUGCUAAGCUGUUUAUGUGCAAUGAUGAAGGCUUCGGAUCCUGAUGUGAUUAUUGGACACCGGUUGGAAAGUUUCUCUCUGGAUAUUCUUUGUCAUAGAGCAUUUGAACUCAAAAUAUCAACAUUUAGCUGUUUGGGCCGUCGUUCUAGAAGCUCGUGGCCAGAUAAAUUUGGAAGGAAUAACUCUAAUAUGAAUCAAUUUUAUAUAAGAGAGUUGCUAUCUGGUCGCCUGCUUUGUGACAUUUCAAAUGAAAUGGGUCAGUCGUUGACUCCUAAAUGCCAGAGCUGGGACUUGGCCGAAAUGUAUCAGGUAACAUGUCAAAAAGAACACAAGACUCUGGAAAUCAACUACCAGACUUCGCAGUAUCAGAAAGAUGUAAAUUCAAUGGUACUGGCUUUACAAGAAAAUGUCACGCAUUCUCUGAUUACAGCAGAAAUUGCGUUCCGAACCCAGAUUUUGUCAUUGACAAAACAAUUGACCAAUUUAGCAGGUAACGCCUGGUGUCAAACAUUGGGUGGUACCAGAGCAGGUCGUAAUGAAUAUAUUUUGCUUCACGAAUUCGCUCGAAAUAACUAUGUUUUACCAGACAAGGAAACACAACAGAUGAGGAACCAGCGGCAACAGAAGCAAAGGACAGAUAUUGGAAUGGGCGAAGAAGAUGAUCAGAAUCAAAGUUCGUCAAAAAAGUCCAAAUAUCAAGGUGGUUUGGUAUUUGAACCAGAAAAAGGUCUUCACAAGAACUACAUUCUGGUCAUGGAUUUCAAUUCUCUUUACCCUUCAAUUAUUCAAGAGUUUAACAUAUGCUUCACAACUGUUGCAAGAGACCCAAAUAAAAUUGAUGAGCUUCCUGAAGUACCUGCUUCUGAAAAAGAACAAGGUGUCCUACCGAGGUUACUUGCUAAUCUUGUCCAGCGUCGUCGUGAGGUGAAGAAGCUGAUGAAAACAGAAACCGAUAGCCAUAAAAAAGCUCAAUGUGACAUUAGACAACAAGCUUUGAAACUGACUGCCAAUUCUAUGUACGGUUGCUUGGGAUAUGUUAACAGCAGAUUCUAUGCAAAGCCACUGGCAAUGCUUGUUACCAAUAAGGGAAGAGAAAUUUUAAUGAACACAAGGCAACUGGCCGAAAGUCUGACCCUAGCCGUUGUUUAUGGUGAUACAGAUUCGGUCAUGAUUGACACCGGAUCGGAUAGCUACGAAGAAUCGAUAAGAAUUGGCGAGAACUUCAAGAAGUUAGUAAAUGAACGGUACCGGUUAUUGGAGAUUGAUAUUGAUAAUGUAUUCAAGAAGUUGCUGCUUCAUGCUAAGAAAAAAUAUGCUGCCUUGAAUGUAGCAAUUGAUAAAAUGGGUAAGGAGCACACUACUUUGGAAGUCAAAGGUUUAGACAUGAAGCGACGCGAAUUUUGCCCAUUAUCGAAGGAAGUAUCAGUUCACGUUUUGAAUACCAUUCUCUCUGAUUUGGAUUCAGAAACGGCUCUGCAGAAAGUUUACGAGUAUCUUGAAGAUGUCAAGGAUCAAGUGGAGAAUAAUAAAAUCCGGGUUGACAAAUUCAAGAUAAACACGAAAUUAUCAAAGGAUCCAAAGGCAUACCCUGGCGGUAAAAACAUGCCUGCGGUGCAAGUUGCACUACGAAUGAGAGAGGCAGGCCGUGUCGUGAAGGCGGGUAGUGUCAUAACUUUUGUUAUCACGAAACAGCAAAAUGACGAUGAUCAAUCCAAUACACAGCUCUCACCUGCUGAAAAAGCACGCGCAUUAAACGAGGUGAUGGUAAAGAACAACAACUUGAUACCAGAUCCCAGCUAUUACCUAGAAAAGCAAAUAUUCGCGCCUGUGGAAAGAUUGCUGGAAAGAAUUGAGAGUUUUGACAUCGUGAGACUUAGCGAUUGUCUUGGACUUGAUAGUCGGCGUUAUAUGAAUCGAGCUGGAGCUAACGGAGAACUCAAUGGCAACAGUAUUGAAACAUUCCAACCUUUGGAAAGCAGCAUUUCUGACACAGAGCGCUUUAAAGACACUUCUUCUUUCAUUUUGCAAUGCCCCUCUUGCCAUGAGAAAUUCCCAUUCGGCGGAAUAGUUGCCUCUAACCACUACAUGAUGAGCUACAAUGGGGUCAAGUGCACACAUUGCGAGCAUAUGUUCACGCCCCUGCAAAUUAGUUGUCAAUUGGAAAGAACGAUUCGUUCACACAUUUCGCUAUACUACGCCGCAUGGCUUGUGUGCGACGACAGCACUUGUGGUAACAUUACGCGACAAAUCUCGGUUUUCGGAAAACGGUGCUUAAACGAAAAUUGCACUGGCGUUAUGAGGUACCGAUAUACCGACAAACAGUUGUACAACCAACUGUUGUAUUUCGCGUCACUGUUCGACAUUGGGAGAAACAAGAAGGAGGAAUUGAAACCUCUGUACCAUCCAGACGAUCCGGAUUUCCCAAGAACAAAGCUUUCCUCUUCGCAAAUCCAGGCGUUGAGCGAACAGAACCGCGCACUCUUCGAAACGCUUGAUUCAGUGGUACAGAAGUAUCUAAGUGAUUGUGGUCGUCGCUAUGUGGAUAUGGGUGGAAUAUUUCAGUUUAUGCUCGGGAACUGA